GUAAUUUUAAAAGUGAAUGGUCAAGAUCUUCGAAAUGCAACACAUGAACAAGCGAUUCAUGCUUUUCAAACAGCUAAAGAACCAAUUAUCGUGGAAGUUGCUCGUCGUGAUCCAAAUGUUGAACUAUUACAAAAAUCCACUGUGAAUUCCAAUUCGGAUGUUGUAAACCAUUUGGACAAUCAAAGUAGACGAUCUGUAGCAAUUCAAACUGAUCCAAGUACAGCUGAAGCAACUCUAGCAGCGAUGGCUGCUGCUGCAUUAACAACUGAAGAUAUACGUACAGCGCUGGGAAUAAGACAUCCAGGUUUACCAACAAGUUUGGAAUGCAUCUACCAUCCAGAAUUUCCUGAUCUUGUGGAUAUCGUCGAAGAAGAAGACGAUGAUGAUGAUGAUGAUGAGGAGGAGGAUGACGAGGAUGACGUGGAUGAUCAUGUAGACGAUGAUGAUGAUGAAGAUGUUGACAUUGAUGGCGAUGACAAUGCAAUCAAUGAACGACACGAUACUAAUGAUAAUGACUGUCGGAAAAAUGUUAUCCCUUCAUCGAAUGUGAAUUGUGAUGCGAGAUCAAUUAACUGUCCAUGUUUUUCCAAUGAUAAUUCAGAAUAUGAUGAAAUUGCAGAUAAUCAAAAUAAAGAUAAUGAAUGUCAAGAAAGAAAUGAUCGUGUCGUUUGGGAUAUGGCGUUUAAUCAAUCCGAAAAUGUAUUGAUCAAAGAAGUUACUUUGUGUCGUAAAACAUCAGAUGAAAAAUUUGGUCUAACUCUUUGUUAUCGUCAAGGUGAUAUAUGCAAUACAAGUUGUAAUGUUUAUGUUGGUGAAAAUUUAAAGUGUAAAAACUUUAUUGAUUCACAUGUAUGCUUAUUGAAUGUAUUUCUUCAUGAUAAAUCAAUGCAGUUGACAAUUUAUGCCUCAUAA